AUGGAGCUCCUCAAACCUACUGCCAUAUUCAUCUGCUUAGGAAUUCUGCUUCUGUCUGCUUCUGCAUUUUCCUUGGCAAAUGCAAAGACACAGUACCAUGAAUUUGUUGUGCAAGCAACGUCAGUGAAGAGGCUGUGCAACACCCACAACAGCAUUACAGUGAAUGGGAUGUUCCCAGGACCAACCUUGGAGGUCAACAAUGGAGACACUCUAGUCGUCAAUGUCGCUAACAAAGCUCACUAUAACAUCACCAUUCACUGGCAUGGUGUCCGCCAGAUUAGAACGGCGUGGGCAGAUGGACCGGAAUUUGUGACACAAUGUCCAAUUAGACCUGGAGGGAGUUACACAUACAGAUUUAGAAUUCAAGGACAGGAAGGAACAUUGUGGUGGCAUGCACAUAGUUCUUGGCUUAGAGCUACUGUCUAUGGAGCUCUAAUUAUUCGUCCGAAAAAUGGAACCUCUUAUCCUUUCCCUAAGCCAAGGAGAGAAACACCACUUCUUCUUGGGGAAUGGUGGGAUGCAAACCCAAUGGAUGUUGUGAGGGAGUCAACAAGAACUGGUGGAUCUCCAAAUAUUUCUGAUGCAUAUACCAUCAAUGGACAACCUGGGGAUCUUUACAACUGCUCAAGCAAAGACACUUCCAUAGUUCCGAUUGACUUUGGCGAGACCAAUCUCCUCCGAAUCAUCAACGCAGGAUUGAACCAGCCACUCUUCUUCACCGUCGCAAACCACAGGCUCACAGUUGUUGGUGCUGAUGCCUCCUACAUCAAGCCCUUCACCACCUCAGUUGUGGUGUUAGGACCUGGCCAAACUACUGAUGUUUUGAUCACUGGAGAUCAGCCACCAGGACGAUACUACAUCGCAGCACGCGCCUACCACACUGCGCUAAACGUGCCCUUUGACAACACAACAACAACUGCAAUACUUGAGUACAAAGCUGCACCUUGUGCUGCCAAAGAGGGACUAACAGCGACACCAAUUAGGCCUACUCUUCCUGCUUACAAUGACACAGCAACAGUCACUGCCUUCACUACAAGUUUUCGGAGCAUCGAGAAAGUGGAAGUUCCAACUGAAAUUGAUGAGAGUCUCUUCUUAACAAUUGGUCUAGGACUCGAUAAUUGUCCCCCAAAUUAUCCAUCAAGCCGGUGCCAGGGACCGAAUAGUACUCGCUUCACUUCUAGUAUGAGCAAUGUGUCCUUUGUGCUUCCUUCAAACUUCUCCCUAUUACAAGCACAUCACCAUGGCAUUCCAGGAGUUUUCACUUCUGAUUUUCCAGCAAACCCACAGGUGACAUUCGAUUACACCGGAAACGUUAGCCAAUCACUCUGGCAACCUAUUAGAGGCACUAAAUUGUACAGGCUGAAGUUUGGUUCAAGAGUGCAGAUUGUGCUGCAAGGCACAAGUAUUGUCACUCCUGAAAACCACCCAAUUCACCUCCACGGAUACGACUUCUACAUCAUCGCUGAAGGGUUUGGAAAUUUCAAUCCCAGGAAUGAUACAGGCAAGUUUAAUCUUGUUGAUCCACCAAUGAGGAACACAGUAGGUGUGCCUGCAAAUGGGUGGGCAGUCAUUCGAUUCGUCGCUGACAAUCCUGGUGUGUGGAUAAUGCACUGUCACUUGGAUGUUCAUAUUACAUGGGGUUUGGCCAUGGCUUUCUUGGUAGAGAAUGGACAUGAAGAAACACAGACUCUAGAGGAACCUCCAGCAGACAUGCCUCUAUGUUAAUUAACUCAAGAAAUGUCUGUUAAAUUACAUUAUUAUUGAAAUUCAUGUACUCCAACAAGUUUUCAUCAUUGUUUUUUCACAUGUGAUGUAAUGUUCUUCAAUAUUUAGUGUAAAAGCAAUUUUCCAAGAACUACUUCUCUUCUAAUUCAUGUAAUUGAUAAAGAUCACACAUAUUGAGUAAGAA